AUGUCCCAACUUACAGCUAAAACUAUCCUAUCGACGCUUACAAAGCGUGCCCUAAUUCCUGGUACCACUGCUGGACGCCGUAGUCUAGCAUCAGAAGCUUCUCCUGAAGACUACGGUUAUUAUCCAGAUCCACUUGAACAUGCUACAGGUCGCGAGAAGAAGAUGCUUUUGGCUCGUCUUGCUGGAGAUGACCGGUAUGAACCGAAGGUGUAUUAUCGCGCCGAAGCAUCUACCAAAGAGAGACCCAACCUGGUUCCUUCUCACUUUCCUGACAGAAUCAUUGGAUGCAUGUGUGAACCCGAUUCUGGACACGUUAACUUCAUGGUGAUUCGCAAGGGAAUGCCGAAGAGGUGCGAAUGUGGUCACUGGUUCAAAGCCAUUGAUGCUGACCCAGAAUCUGUCUAG